AUGAUAACAUUAUUAUUGAUUUUUGGAGUUUAAGGUCAAUAUUUACCUACAAGUACUGGAUGUUUGGGAACAGAUUAUUUAUACAAAUUUGAAGAUUUAUCAUUCUGUUUUACUUGUUAAAAAGGAUGUAAAAGCUGUUGUGAUCCAUAAUUAUGCAAUGAAUGUGAAGACAGAUACAGAUUUAAUUCAACUACAUCUACUUGUAUUAGAUGUCCAGUAUUUAAAUAUUUCAUAUUUAGGUAAACUGUGAAGUAUGUGAACCAGAUGGUUUAUUUUCUAAAUGUUCAAAAUGUGAAACAGGAUAUAUAAAAUAAGAUGAUGGUAGCUGUAAGAAAUGUGGAGAUGAUUGUGUCUCUUGUUCAUUGGCAGAUUAUUGUUCAUAAUGUGCAGAUGCUUUCUAUGUAGAAAAAGGAAGUAAUAAAGAAUAAUUAUGAAUUUCUAUAGUUUGUAAAGAUUGUCCAUAUGGAUGUAAAAGUUGUACUUAAGUUGAAGAAUAAUUAUUUGUGUGUGAUACUUGCAUUGAUAGAUAUUAUUUAGUAGGAGAAUAAUGUACAAAAUGUCCAACUGGAUGUCUAAAAUGUGAUGACGAUUUCACUUGCACUAGUUGUGAAGAUGCUUAUGUAUUGAAAGAAACUAAACUUUGUGAAUUUUGUACUCCAAAUUGUAAAAAAUGUUCAGAAAAUACAUGUACUGAAUGUUAAAUAGGUUAUGUUUUAACAGCAGAUAAUUAAUGUCUAGGUUGUCCAGAUAUUAAUUGUGAAAGUUGUUAAUAGGAUGAUAGAACUAAAUGUACUAAAUGUGCAUCUAAAUUUUAUUUACUUAAUUCAACUUGUAUUGCUUGUGAUGUCAAUUGUAAAUAAUGUGAUACUCCAGGACAUUGUGUUGAAUGUAAACCAGGAUAUUUUAUUAAAAAUGGAGUUUGUACUGCUAAUUCUAUUAAAUAUUGUUAAGUACAAAAUGAAACUGCAUGUCUUACUUGUGAAAGUGGAUAUUAUAUUAAAAAUGGUGCAUGUAAUCCAUGUGGUGAUAAUUGUUUGUAAUGUUCAGGACCUUCAUCAUGCAAUUAAUGUGCAACUGCUUAUUUCUUUAAUGGUUUUUAAUGUUAAGGAUGUGGUACUGGUUGUGAAAGAUGUGUUGAUUCAAAUAUUUGUCUUAAAUGUACUUAUGGGUAUAUAAUAUUAUAUAAGAUAGUUUUUAUAUUUCUAAAGGAGUUUGUGAAAGAUGUAUAGAUGGAGUUUGUUAAUGUUCAAUUAAAGAAAAUAUGAUAUAGAAUUAGAGCAAUUAAAUCAUAGUUUUGAUGUUAUUAUUAUUAUUGAUAUUAUCAUGA